GUCGAUUAUCGCCGGGGUUGUCGCGGGACUAUCGUCUGUGUUCCACAUUUUUAAUCGUCCGCCAAGUCGAUCCUGAUAAUAUCAUCAGUGAGCCCUACGUGGUGACGUAUUAUCAACUUAGCCUCGAGUAAAGCGGCGAGAGACGCGCCUGCAACGUGGCCGACGUUCUGGCGUCGCAUCUUGUCUCAAAUCACCGCGGGAGCCGCUGCCACAACAUUCGAUCCUCUCAGCUCUUAUUUGACAUUAAACGAAGGUGACCAUUCAUCAUGGUGCGCUCACUUCCAAAGAAGAACAAUCCUCACAUCCUUCCAGCUGAGACUCCUAGCUAUGAAGAGCUCUUGCGGUGCCGCCGCUUGGGAAAAACAAACCUUACAGUGAGACCUACAGUGAUCGGCACGUCGAAUGCGACGAAGCCGGAGAAUCUUGGACCUUUUGAAUAUGCGCAUCUGCGCGUCAAAUUGCCAAGGGACCUCAAAGGUUCCGAAAUUUUUCCUUCACAUAAUACCCAGCAACAGCCGGAGACGUACUUUCUGAUGCGGCGGAGCAAAGAUGGAUACGUCAGCGCUACCGGAAUGUUCAAGAUUGCCUUUCCCUGGGCGAAAUUGGAGGAAGAACGGUCGGAGCGUGAAUAUGUGAAAAACCGCAAGGAAACGAGCGAGGACGAGAUCGCUGGGAAUGUGUGGAUCUCACCUAAUCUAGCUCUUGAGUUAGCGAAGGAGUAUCAGAUGUACGACUGGGUACGAGCAUUGCUCGACCCCACGGAUAUUGUUCAGACCCCAUCCAGUACAAAGAAGCAUAUGCACAUCACUCCGCCUCCUCGAUUUGACUUGCCUCCGAUCGAGGCACCAACUCAGCUGACUGCGCCCACGCCGCGCCUGAGAAGAGGCCGGUCUGCUUCUCCUAGCAAAAAGGUCGCUUCCCCGCGCAAGCCCAGGAGCACGAGAACCAGGGAUGCCAAGGAAGUUCAGGACACCAAGGAGGUUAAGGAAGCAAGCAUUGUGGCGACUAGUGAAGCAAAUGCAAACCUUCAGUCAGCGUUGGAUGCUACUACCGAGUUCGGCUCAGUGAAUGACACUAUCCAACCUAGCGUGGAAGACGACGAAGAGAAGAUGGCCCCUACCCCUAAGAAGCCUGCUCCGACACAAAAAUCUACGAAGACGCCUUCCAAAGCUGCCCGAGCUAAGGAGGUUAAGGAAACGAAGGAGAUUAAGGAGGAAAACGUCAAGGUGGACGUUGAGACCACUGCCGAUGAAGCCAAGGAUGUGCGAACGACCCAGACCACUGUCUCGGUGGAGCUGCCUAUCACCCUUCCUGAUGCUCCAUCUGCGGAGGAUACCGAACAAAUGAUAGCUAAGGCCAAGGAAAUGGUAGAAGAGGCUGUUAAAGUUCAGAGCAUAGAACAAGAGCCAGUAGCACCAUCAAAGGCUGCUAAAAAACGCAAGCCCGAAGAAGCUCUCAGCGAAGAUGAAGAAGAUGAAGAGACCAGGGCUCUGCGGACUAAGAGAGCGAAGGUCUUGGAAGAGAAGCUUAAGCGUGAGCGCGUUAGGAACCGUGCCCUCGUCGGCGUCACUGCUGCGUUUGCACUUGCAGCCUCGAUCCCUUAUUUCUUCUAGAGGUUAUACUACCAGCUGUAUGGGCACCUUCCAAUGGAACGAUCGUCCCGAGUAGACCGUCCCGUUUCCCAUCGAAGAAAAUCUCCUUUUCCGAUCCUCUUCAUCCAUUCACCUUAGGUUCUAGAUUGUGUACGCCUUUCUCCAAGAAAGGAAUCAAGUCUUUCGAUCUGUAUACCCUAUUUCAACAUCCACUCUUCGAUGCGCAUUGCGAUUUUACCCACACAGUGAUCCCUGAUGUAUCGUAUUUACACCUUACCCUUUUCUAAUUUUUGCGCUUUGGUUGCAAGAAGGAGAGCACUAUCCACUUAAACGGUGGUUCUUGAUUUAUUUUGUUUUUUUGUUUCCUCCCCUGGUGGUCCUGGAGAUCGAAAGAGAAAUUGAUAUCUCGUUCCACUCUCUACCUGCUCAUUUUCCUAUUCUUCCUGGAUAUCGGAUACUCUCUAUAAUCCUUGUUUCAAUUUGCUGUGGGUACUCGGGGUGGCUUUUAUGGUUCGGUAGCAUAGGAUGUGAAAUGCAAAUGCCAGAGAAAAAUGACAUGAUAUAUCGG